AUCGCACCCGGAAAACGGCCGCAGCACGCCACGGCUACACGCAGGGACAACCUAAUACCGGUCAACUUGACUGAAGGAAUAAAUCCCUUUCUUUCUUUUCUCUCCUGUUGAGACAAUCCUGGGCAUUGAUAGAGCGCAUCGUGGCAAAAGAAACAAACGUUGCACCAUCCACCUUGGCACCGUUACCCUCCUUUUUAAAGAUAUCAACUCUACAGACCCCGGCGUAAUCCAAACACGAGAACGCUCUAUUUCUCUCGCCAUGUCAGCAUCCACAGCAACAACGCCUCGCAACUCAACAGAAGAGCUGAAAUCGUGCGUCUUGUUGUCGGCCUCGGCAUCCACCAACGCGCCUAAGCCAGAGUCUUCGCUCAAGGAGUCAAGCAAGACACGAAGCUUGUGGAGUCUCAUCAAGCAACGUGCGCGCCAACAUCAUGACAGCCUGAAUGUGGCAUAUGCUGCCUACUAUGGCCAAGGGGCACAUACGAACGGAUAUGCAAAUGGGAAGAAGCAGGAGAUCUGGCAAUACCAACGGGGUGGAGGCUCAUAGGCUGAGCGUGAUGAAAGAAUUAGGAAACUGAAAAGACUGGCUUAGCUGUACGAGAGUUAAAUCUGGCGGUGCUUGGGCGUUGGUUACAAGAUGUAUGGUUAAUAGCCCGAAAAUUUGUGUUGGGUUGUGUAACAUAGUAAUAAUCAUGUUUC